AUGAGAUCUAUCUAUCUAUCUAUCUAUCUAUCUAUCUAUCUAUCUCAUUUCUUUGAUCUAUCUAUCUAUCUAUCUAUCUAUCUAUCUAUCUAUCUAUCUUAUACCUUUGAUGUAUCUAUAUUUCUAUUUAAUUUCUUUGAUCUAUCUAUCUAUUUAUCUAUCUAUCUAUCUCAUUCUUUGAUCUAUCUCAUUUCUUUGAUGUAUCUAUCUAUCUAUCUAUCUAUCUAUCUAUCUUAUUCCUUUAAUGUAUCUAUCUUUCUAUUUCAUUUCUUUGAUCUAUCUAUCUAUCUAUCUAUCUAUCUAUCUAUCUAUCUAUCUAUCUAUCUUAUUCCUUUGAUGUAUCUAUCUUUCUAUCUAUCUCAUUCCUUUGAUUUAUCUAUCUAUCUAUCUAUCCCAUCUUCCUCUCUGUCACUAUUUCUCUUUUUCACUCUCUUUCAAUCACUUUUCUAUCUCUCACUUUUUCUGACUCUCUCUUUCGCUCUUUCUCACUAUUUGACUUUCUAUCUCUCUCACUCUUUUUUUAAAUUCUUUCUUUCUUUCUUUCUCACUCUCUCACUCACUCUUUCACACUCUGUCACUUUUCUCUCUCUCACACUCUUUCUGACCUUUUCUCUCUUUCACACUUUCUAUCGCACUCUUUCUCUCUCGCACUAUUUUCCAUUCUCUCACUCUUUCACUUUCUCUCUUUCUCACUCUUUCUUUCAUUCUUUCUUUCUCUCUCUGACUAUCUCACUCUCUCGUUCUUUCUCUCUUUCUCCCGUUCUCUUUUCUCUCUCUCUCUCUCACACCUAUUCUCGCUUUCUCUCUCUCUCUCCCACUCUCUCAGGCAGUUUUAGCCUCUCGCAUUGCCACGAUCAUAAAAUUUCUUCUAAUCCUUCGGUUUUUAAAUCCAACAUGCAAGAUAAACUCUUUAUAAGAGAGAGGCUUUGUAAGAGAUCUACCUGGCAUUCUUUCCAUACAACCUUUCCGAUGCCUUAUCAACAAUAUGUUGCCUUCGUUCAUCUGACAUUGUUCGACAAAAGGUCCGUCGCCUAUUGUGGCAGCGACAGCGGAGAAAAAGCUCGGCGCAGGCGCACUCCGCAUUCAAUUAACACGGACAGUUGGCGUCGGUUAUACGUCGCUCCACCUGGUGGCGGGGCCUUAGAUGAAAUUUCCAUCAAUGGCAGUGAAUAA